ACCCUCUCCCUUCCGGCUCCAGGACGCGCGCCCCGAGCCUGGGAGGCAUGCUGAGGCCAGGCUGCCGGCAGGAUGAGUAUGAACGAGGUGGGCAGCUCCAGCUGCCGGAGGCAGGCGGCCUACCACCUGCACAUCUACCCACAGCUGGCCACCAGCGAGAACCAGGCCUCGUGCUGUGUGACGGCCACCAAGGACAGCACCACAUCCGACGUCAUCCAGGACGCCAUCACCAGCCUGCAGCUGGAUGGCACCAAGCGCUAUGUGCUGGUGGAGGUCAAGGAGACAGGUGGAGAGGAGUGGGUGCUGGACGCCAACGACUCACCCGUGCACCGCGUACUGCUAUGGCCACGACGGGCGCAGGAUGAGCAUCCGCAAGAGGAUGGUUACUACUUCCUGCUGCAGGAGCGUGACGCAGACGGGGCCAUCAAGUAUGUGCACAUGCAGCUGGUAUCCCAGGCCACAGCCACCCGGCGCCUGGUGGAGCGUGGCCUCCUGCCCCGGCAGCAGGCAGACUUUGAUGACCUGUGCAACCUUCCCGAGCUAACUGAGGCCAACCUCCUGAAGAACCUCAAGCACCGCUUCCUACAACAGAAGAUCUACACGUACGCAGGAAGCAUCCUCGUGGCUGUCAACCCCUUCAAAUUCCUCCCCAUCUACAACCCCAAGUACGUGAAGAUGUACGAGAACCAGCAGCUGGGCAAGCUGGAGCCACAUGUGUUUGCACUGGCUGACGUGGCCUAUUACGCCAUGCUCCGGAAACGCGUCAACCAAUGCAUCGUGAUCUCAGGAGAGAGCGGCUCAGGCAAGACGCAGACCACCAACUUUCUGAUCCAUUGCCUCACCGCCCUGAGCCAGAAGGGCUAUGCCAGUGGCGUCGAGAGGACCAUCCUGGGUGCCGGCCCCGUGCUGGAGGCUUUUGGGAACGCCAAAACAGCCCACAACAACAAUUCCAGCCGAUUUGGGAAAUUCAUCCAGGUCAACUACCUGGAGAGCGGCAUCGUGAGAGGAGCUGUUGUUGAAAAAUAUCUGCUUGAAAAGUCUCGCCUGGUCUCUCAGGAGAAGGAUGAGAGGAACUACCACGUGUUUUAUUACUUGUUACUUGGUGUCAGCGAGGAAGAGCAACAAGAAUUUCAACUCAAGCAGCCUGAAGAUUAUUUCUACCUCAACCAGCAUAACUUGAAAAUCGAAGACGGCGAAGACCUGAAGCAUGACUUUGAAAGACUCAAGCAGGCCAUGGAGAUGGUGGGCUUCCUCCCUGCCACCAAGAAACAGAUUUUUUCUGUCCUCUCAGCCAUCCUGUACCUGGGCAACGUCACAUACAAGAAGAGAGCCACAGGCCGAGACGAAGGCCUGGAGGUCGGGCCUCCCAAGGUGCUGGACACGCUGUCACAGCUCCUAAAGGUAAAGCGAGAAAUCUUGGUGGAGGUUCUGACCAAAAGAAAAACAGUGACUGCCAACGACAAGCUCAUCCUUCCCUACAGUCUCAGCGAGGCCAUCACCGCCCGCGACUCCAUGGCCAAGUCUCUGUACAGUGCCCUGUUUGACUGGAUUGUCCUGCGCAUCAACCAUGCCCUCCUCAAUAAGAAAGACAUGGAAGAGUCUGUCUCAUGCUUGUCCAUCGGGGUCCUCGACAUCUUUGGGUUUGAGGACUUCGAGAGGAACAGUUUUGAACAGUUCUGCAUCAACUAUGCCAACGAGCAGCUCCAGUAUUACUUCAACCAGCACAUUUUCAAACUAGAGCAGGAGGAGUACCAGAGUGAAGGGAUCUCAUGGCACAACAUCGACUACACAGACAAUGUCGGCUGCAUCCAUCUGAUUAGCAAGAAGCCCACUGGCCUCUUCUAUCUGCUGGACGAAGAGAGCAACUUCCCCCACGCCACGAGCCAGACCCUGCUGGCCAAAUUCAAACAGCAGCAUGAAGACAACAGGUACUUCCUCGGCACCCCCGUCAUGGAGCCUGCGUUCAUCAUUCAGCACUUUGCAGGGAAGGUGAAAUAUCAGAUCAAGGACUUCCGGGAGAAGAACAUGGACUACAUGCGGCCGGACAUUGUGGCGCUCCUGCGGGGCAGUGACAGCUCCUAUGUGCGGGAGCUCAUCGGCAUGGACCCAGUGGCCGUGUUCCGCUGGGCCGUGCUCCGGGCUGCCAUCCGGGCCAUGGCCGUGCUCCGGGAGGCCGGGCGCCUACGGGCCGAGAGGGCCGAGAAGGCUGCAGGUCUGGGCAGCCCUGGUGCCCGAAGUCCCCUGGGAGAGCUGCAUAGAGGAGCCAGCACCCCAUCGGAAAAGUUGUACCGCUGCUCAAUGCUAGAUUUCUCAGUUGACGGCUCUGAGGAGUUCGAUAUUAACGCUUUUGAGGACAUCUUUGCUUUCUAUGAAAGCAAGAACGAUUUGCAUGAUCAAAUCAUCAAGACCAUCAAAGGAUUGCCCUGGCAGGGUGAGGACCCCCGUAGGCUUCUCCAGUCCCUCAGUCGGCUCCAGAAACCCCACACCUUCGGCCUGAAAAGUAAAGGUACCAAACAAAAGCAGAUCAUUCCGAAGAAUCUGCUGGACUCCAAGUCCCUGAAGCUCAUCAUCAGCAUGACCCUGCACGACCGUACCACCAAGUCACUGCUGCACCUGCACAAGAAGAAGAAGCCACCAAGCAUCAGCGCCCAGUUCCAGACAUCCCUUAACAAGCUCCUGGAGGCGCUGGGGAAUGCAGAGCCCUUCUUCAUCCGCUGCAUUCGCUCCAACGCUGAGAAGAGAGAGCUGUGCUUUGACGAGGAGCUGGUGCUGCAGCAGCUGCGCUACACGGGCAUGCUGGAGACCGUGCGGAUCCGGAGAUCGGGCUACAGUGCCAAGUACACAUUCCAGGAUUUCACAGAGCAGUUCCAGGUGCUACUACCCAAGAACGCCCAGCCCUGCAGGGAGGUCAUCUCUGCCCUGCUGGAGAAGAUGAACGUAGACAAAAGGAGCUACCAGAUUGGGAAGACCAAGGUUUUCCUGAAAGAGACGGAGCGACAGGCACUGCAGGAGACGCUGCACCGGGAGGUUGUGCGGAAGAUCCUGCUCCUGCAGAGCUGGUUUCGGAUGGUGCUGGAACGUCGGCACUUCUUGCAGAUGAGGCGGGCAGCAGCCACCAUCCAGGCCUGCUGGAGAUCCUACCGUGUCAGGCGGGCUCUGGAGAGGACACAGGCGGCCGUGUACCUCCAAGCCACAUGGAGGGGCUACAGGCAGCGGGCAGCCUACCAACGCCAGAGACAAAUCAUCAUCCACCUGCAGAGCCUCUGCCGGGGACACCUGCAGCGCAGGAGCUUCCGCCAGAUGGUUGCAGAGAAGCAGAAGGCAGAAGAGAGGGCGAGGGAAGCCCAGCAAGCCACGAGCGAAGAAACUGCCUCGGGUGGGCUGGGUCCAGAACCGUCAGAGGACAGCAAGCAUUCAGCCCUGGAGCCCAAGAUGUGGCUGAGCCAUGAGCCCCCAGCAGAGAGCUCCCACCCCAAGGAGGAGAGCCCCACCCCUGAGAAGUUUCUCCCACCCCAGAAAAACGCCACCGAAAGUCAUGAGAAAGUGUCCAGCAGCCGGGAGAAGCGCGAGUCUCGGAGGCAGAGGGGGCUGGAGCACGUGGAACUCCAGAACAGACACAUGCAGUCAUGUAAGGAUGAGAACGCCCUCAGAGAACCUUCUGGAAUAAUCGCCCUGGAUCAGGAGGAGGGCCUCCCCGAAGACAGAAAGGAGAGCAGAGAAGAUGAAGCCCCCUCAGACACAGGGACAGAAACAGAGAACUCUGCUCCUGAAAAGCAGCCCAAGGGGCCUCCACAAGCCACACCAGCCUGCCAGGUCCCCGCAGAAACCCCUCAGGCACCCCAGGGCCGAGUGGAACGGCCCACCAGCCUGGCCUUGGACAGCAAGGUUGGCACACUGGCCCCCAGCCUUACCCCCGAGAGCCCCCAGGACAAGAGCAAGCCAAGUGGUGGCCCAAGGGCACAGGACAGGCCUGAGAGCCCCGGAGGCUCCACCCAAAUCCAGCGGUACCGAGACCCAGCCUCCGAGAGGCUGGCCAGUGCUGUAGAGCUAUGGCGGGGUAAGAACCGGACAGCUGCCAGCCCCAGCGCCAUGCUGAGCCAGUCCCUGGACCUUAGCGAGCGGCACCGGGCCGUGGGGCCCACUCUCACACCCACAGAGGAGAGGCGCAUUUCAUUAUCCACCAGCGACGUCUCCAGGCUCCUCCCGGCCCCUGCUCAGGCCAAGUCUCAGCCUCUUUCAGACAGCAUAGAUGGCGAGCCCAGCAUGAAGAAGCCAGUCAUCCAGAAGAAGAAGUCAAGCGAUGUGUCCACCGGCACAGACGCAGGGCUAUCCCCAGGUUCCCAGGCCGACUCUAAGCCCACAUUUAUAAGACUUUUCCUGCAUAAGAACAAGGAUAAAAAGGGUAGUCUAGAGGGUGUGGAGGAGACGGAGAAUGCGAUCCCUGGGCACGCCAUGCUGGAAGCCACCACCAUGAAGAAGAAUCUAGAAGCCCCCUCCAGCCAGCAGCACCGCCACACUGCGGGCGAGAAGCACACCAAGGAGCUGGGAGGCAAAGGGAAGAAAAACCGAAACCUCAAAAUUGGCAGAAUCACAGUGUCAGAGAAAUGGCGGGAGUCAGUGUUCCGCAAGAUCACCAACGCCAAUGAGCUCAAGUACCUGGAUGAGUUCCUACUCAACAAGAUAAACGACCUUCGUUCCCAAAAGACACCCAUCGAGAGCUUGUUCAUUGAGGCCACCGAGAAGUUCAGGAGCAACCUCAAGACCAUGUACUCUGUCCCAAAUGGGAAGAUCCAUGUUGGCUACAAGGACCUGAUGGAGAACUACCAGAUUGUUGUGAGCAACCUGGCGGCCGAGCGCGGCGAGAAGGACCCCAACCUGGUCCUCAAUCUCUUCCAGUCACUGCUGGACGAGUUCACCCGUGGGCACACCAAGAAUGACUUUGAGUUGCCCAAGCAGAGCAAAGCUCAGAAAAAGAAGCGGAAGCAGGAACGCGCUGUCCAGCAGCACAACGGGCACGUGUUUGCCAGCUACCAGGUGAGCAUCCCACAGUCGUGUGAGCAGUGCCUCUCUUACAUCUGGCUCAUGGACAAGGCCCUGCUCUGCAGUGUGUGCAAGAUGACCUGCCACAAGAAGUGCGUGCACAAGAUUCAGACCUACUGCUCCUACACAUGCAGAAGUAAGAGCGAGCCAGGUGCUGAACCAGGCCACUUUGGUGUGUGCGUGGACAGCCUGACCAGUGACAAGGCCUCAGUGCCUAUCGUGCUAGAGAAACUUCUGGAACAUGUGGAGAUGCAUGGCCUGUACACUGAGGGGCUGUAUCGCAAGUCGGGCGCCGCCAACCGCACGAGGGAGCUCCGGCAGGCACUGCAGACAGACCCAGCGGCUGUCAAGCUGGAGAACUUCCCCAUCCAUGCCAUCACCGGGGUGCUCAAGCAGUGGCUGCGGGAGCUUCCCGAGCCCCUCAUGACCUUCGCCCAGUAUGGCGACUUUCUCCGUGCCGUCGAGCUGCCAGAGAAGCAGGAACAGCUGGCUGCCAUAUACGCCGUCCUGGAGCACCUGCCAGAAGCCAAUCACAACUCCUUGGAGCGGCUCAUCUUCCACUUAGUCAAGGUGGCCCUGCUUGAGGACGUGAACCGCAUGUCACCCAGUGCUCUGGCCAUCAUCUUUGCACCCUGCCUCCUGCGCUGCCCUGACAACUCAGACCCGCUGACGAGCAUGAAGGACGUCCUCAAGAUCACCACCUGUGUGGAGAUGCUGAUCAAGGAACAGAUGAGGAAGUACAAAGUGAAGAUGGAGGAGAUCAGCCAGCUGGAGGCCGCAGAGAGCAUUGCCUUCCGCAGACUCUCUCUCCUGCGACAAAACACUCCAUGGCCUCUCAAACUGGGGUUUUCAUCUCCCUAUGAGGGGGUCCUGAAUAAGAGCCCCACAGCCCGGGGAAGCAGCAGCGGCCCAGAGGAGCUGGGGGUGCUGCCAGAGGAGGAGGCAGCCGGCAACGAUGAAGACCGAGAGAAGGAGAUCCUCAUUGAGCGGAUCCAGUCCAUCAAGGAGGAGAAGGAGGACAUCACCUACCGGCUGCCGGAGCUGGACCCUCGGGGCUCCGAUGAGGAGAACCAGGACUCGGAGACAUCAGCCAGCACUGAGAGCCUAUUAGAAGAGCGGGCUGGGCGGGGGACCUCGGAAGGGCCCCCCACGCCUGCUCUCCCCAGCCCGAGCGUGCCCGCCCCAAGCCCCCUCCCUGAGGUGGCUGCUUCUCCAAGACGAAGGCCGUCAUCCUUUGUGACGGUCAGAGUGAAGACCCCCCGGCGGACCCCCAUCAUGCCCACGACCAACAUCAAGCUCCCACCUGGCCUGCCCUCCUACCUCCCCGGCCGGGCACCAGGUGCCCAGGAGGCUGCCAUCCCAGUGAGGCGCCGGGAACCACCUGCCCGCCGCCCAGACCAGGUACACUCUGUGUAUAUCACACCGGGUGCACACCUGCCUGCUCAGGGCACUCAGGAGCCCCUGGACGAGGACAACCGGCCGCCUGGGGCCAAGCGGAGGUAUUCGGACCCCCCAACCUACUGCCUGCCCCCCACCUCAAACCAGGCUAAUGGCUGAGGGCCCACAGUGCCAGAGUCAGCACAUCUGAGGACAACUCCAUGCUGGAGCUCCAUAGCCAGCAUUUGGCUCUCUGAGAAGGAUCCGGAAUGAAAAGCUCCAAGAGCAAUAUGAAGUGGGCACCGGUUCCAAGUGCAGAGUCCAGGCAGGGAGAGGCCAGCAGGGCUGAGCCCCGACGUCGCACAGAUGUGCUGCCCAGAGCCUGAAUCUUGGCAAGCAGCUUGGCUUCUCCCACCACCCCCCUUUUGUACGGUUUUACAGUAACUUACUUUGUGCCUGGUUUACAUAACUUUAUACUGUAACAGCCUUAACGGAAGACCAAAUUGUUUUUUUAUAUGUGUAUGUACAAACAAUUUUAUAUUAAUGCCCUGCCUCACCCUUAUAACAUGGACACAAGACUUAAGAGCUAAGCCCAUACAGCCACCCCAUCUCAGAGGUCCAGGCCCAUACUGAGGACAGCUUGGGGGGCGUCCAUGGACCAGGACCCUGCACCAGGGAUUUGGACACUUGGGGUCAUCUGACUGCCCCCAGUCUGUCUGGGACUUGUCCUAUGACCCGGCCUGUGACCAGCUGGCCCACGUGCAUUCAAAGGAGCAGUAGAGCCUUCCAUGGGGAUCCAAGAUGUUGGCUGAAGGCAGGACAUGAGGUAGGAGGGGUGGCCUCCACCUGGGGCACCAGAGACCUCAUGUCCAGGGAGAUUUAAAUGUGACCAUCACUCCUCUGUCCACCGUUUCCUGAAUGACGGAGGCUGGGGGAGGCUGCCCUUGGCACUACCUGCUGUGUGGCAGAAUAGGAGCCUUUGACUCAGGACCGCUCACAGACUGGGAGAGCAAGGCCUGGGUUUGCAUGUCCCUACAGGCCCAUAGUGACAGCCUGAGCAUCUCCAGAGUGGGGCUCCCCUCUCUCAGGCUCCACUCAUUCCCUGGACACCUGGACAGAUGGUCCUGGGUGUGGAAAGAGGCACCCCAUACACCAUGUGAAAUAAAAAGUGUCAGUUCGUUUGCCUAUGA